UUGCCGUGAGCCGGAAGUGGCUCCGCGGGCGGAGAUCAACUGGACCCCGAGUCCCUGACGCGGCGAUCCGGAGUGUUGACGGCUGCCGCCAGGCCUGUUUACACUGCAAGCCUCCGCCUCCCCUCCGCGUUCUCGCUGCGUCUCGGGACGAUGGUGUUCCGCCUGCUGUUUUGCGCCUGGCCUCGAGGCUCUGCCGUAGACCUGGGAGUCCCCUGCAGAGCCCUCAGCGCCGGCUCCGGGCCCGGCCAGUACCUGCAGCGCAGCAUCGUGCCUACCAUGCACUACCAGAACAGCCUGCCCAGGCUGCCUAUUCCCAAACUUGAAGACACCAUAAGGAGAUACCUCAAUGCACAGAAGCCUCUCUUGGAUGAUGGCCAGUUCAGGAAAACAGAACAAUUUUGCAAGAGUUUUGAAAAUGGAAUUGGAAGGGAACUACAUGAGCAGCUCGUUGCUUGGGACAAGCAGAACAAACACACAAGCUACAUUUCAGGUCCCUGGUUUGAUAUGUACUUAGCUGCUCGAGACUCCAUUGUCCUGAACUUUAAUCCAUUUAUGGCACUCAACCCUGACCCAAAGUCUGAGUAUAAUGACCAGCUCAUCCGGGCAACCAACCUGACUGUUUCUGCCAUCCGGUUUCUGAAGACACUUCGGGCUGGCUUGCUGGAGCCAGAAGUGUUCCACUUGAACCCAGCCAAAAGUGACACUGAUACCUUCAAGAGACUCAUACGCUUUGUGCCUCCCUCUCUGUCCUGGUACGGUGCCUACUUGGUCAAUGCGUAUCCCCUGGAUAUGUCCCAGUAUUUUCGGCUUUUCAAUUCAUCUCGGUUACCCAAACCCAGUCGUGAUGAACUCUUCACCAGUGACAAGGCCAGGCACCUCCUGGUCCUAAGGAAAGGGCAUUUCUAUGUCUUUGACGUCCUGGAUCAAGAUGGGAACAUCGUGAGUGCCUCAGAAAUCCAGGCUCAUCUGAAAUACAUUCUGUCAGAUAAUAGCCCUGCUCCUGGGUUCCCUCUGGCGUAUCUGACAAGUGAGAACCGAGACGUCUGGGCAGAGCUCAGGCAGAAGCUAGUGAGUGGUGGCAAUGAGGAGACCCUGAGGAAAGUGGACUCUGCUGUGUUCUGCCUCUGCUUAGAUGACUUCCCCAUUAAGGAUCUUAUCCAUUUGUCCCACAACAUGCUGCAUGGUGAUGGCACAAACCGCUGGUUUGAUAAAUCCUUUAACCUUAUUAUAGCUAAGGAUGGCACUGCUGCUGUCCAUUUUGAACAUUCUUGGGGCGAUGGUGUCGCGGUGCUCAGGUUUCUUAACGAAGUAUUUAAAGACAGCACUCAGGCCCCUGCCAUCACUCCACAGAGCCAGCCAGCUGCGACGGACUCUUCUGUUGCCGUGCAGAAGCUCAACUUCAAGUUGAAUGAUGCAUUAAAGGCUGGCAUCACCAGGGCUAAGGAAAAGUUUGAUGCGACCAUGAAAAGUCUCACCAUUGACUACAUCCAGUUUCACAGAGGAGGGAAAGAAUUCUUGAAGAAGCAGAAGCUGAGCCCGGAUGCUAUGGCCCAGCUGGCCUUCCAGAUGGCCUUCCUGCGGCAGUACGGGAAGACUGUGGCUACCUACGAGUCCUGCAGCACUGCAGCGUUCAAGCAUGGCCGCACUGAGACCAUUCGCCCGGCUUCCAUCUUCACAAAGAGGUGCUCGGAGGCCUUCAUCAGGGAGCCCUCCAAGCACAGUGCUGGCGAGCUUCAGCAGCUGAUGGUGGAGUGCUCCAAGUACCAUAACCAGCUGACCAAGGAAGCAGCAAUGGGCCAAGGCUUUGACCGACAUUUGUUUGCUCUCCAUUACCUGGCAGCAGCCAAAGGAAUCACCCUGCCUGAGCUAUACUUGGACCCCGCGUAUGGGCGGAUAAACCACAACAUCCUGUCCACCAGCACGCUGACCAGCCCGGCAGUGAGCGUUGGUGGUUUCGCCCCCGUGGUCCCUGAUGGCUUUGGCAUCGCGUAUGCCGUUCACGACAACUGGAUAGGCUGCAACGUCUCCUCCUACCCAGGCCAGAAUGCUCGGGAGUUUCUCCAGUGUGUAGAGAAGGCCUUAGAAGACAUGUUUAAUGCCAUAGAAGGCAAAGCUAUCAAAACUUAGCUUUGGGGCAAGUGGGAAGCCCCAGUCAGUUCCUAAUUGUGAAAACUGGGGCCUUUGUAGCCAGUAGGUGCUAUUCUGUGACUAAUUAAACUAAUCACAAGGUGCCUGAGCAGCCAGUGCUCUAAGGCAUGAGCUUUUAAUUCAUGGUUUUAAACCUAAACAUGUAAUUUCUGAGUGGGACUAAUGGCACCUAAAGAUAACGAAGGAUCUCAAAUAUAAGGACAUUUGAUCAGGAGUGUAUUUAUUGUUUACGCAAAAAUAAAAUUUAAUUAUUGCUUUGA